AGAAUGCAUUUCGCCUUCGCCAUAUUUUUUGUUGUGCUAAGUGAGAAAGGCGAGUCUGAGAUUCGGGGAGAAUCUUCCAUUGAAACAUUUUUAAGCAACUAUCUUUUGUUUCUGAUAUUUGCGUUUUUAAGAGGUUAUUAUAAGAAAUAAUAGAACAACAUGGCUCAAUACAAAGGAGCCGCCAGCGAAGCUGGGAGAGCCAUGCAACUGAUGAAAAAACGAGAAAAGGAGAGAGAACAACUUGAACAACUGAAACAGAGGAUUGCAGAGGACAACAUGGUCAAAUCUAACAUCGACAAGAAGUUUUCUGCCCACUAUGACGCUGUGGAGGCAGAGUUAAAGUCCAGCACAGUUGGUCUGGUAACACUGAAUGAUAUGAAAGCUAAACAGGAGGCUCUUGUGAAGGAACGCGAGAAACAGUUGGCUAAGAAGGAGCAAUCCAAGGAGCUCCAGCUCAAGCUCGAGAAGCAGAAGGAGAAGAAGAGGAAAGAAGAACAGAAAAGGAAAAUUGCCAGUUUAUCAUUCAAUCCUGAAGAUGACGGUGACGAGGAUGAUGAAGAUGAGGAGGAUGAAAAGGAAGAGGAAGACGAAGAGGAAGAAGAGCAGGAAUAUGUCCCUGUAAAGAAGAAGAAGCUUGGAAAAAAUCCAGAUGUGGAUACAAGUUUUCUUCCUGACCGUGACCGAGAGGAGGAGGAGAAUCGUCUCCGUGAAGAGCUUAGACAGGAGUGGGAGCUCAAACAAGAAAAGAUUAAGAGUGAGGAAAUCGAGAUUACCUUCAGCUACUGGGAUGGAUCAGGACAUCGCAAGACUGUCAAAAUGAAAAAGGGCAACACAAUCCAGAACUUCCUGCAAAGGGCCCUGGAAGUUCUAAGAAAGGACUUCAGUGAGCUGAGGUCUGCUGGAGUUGAGCAGCUGAUGUAUAUCAAAGAAGAUCUGAUCAUCCCACAUCACCACAGCUUUUACGACUUCAUCGUGACCAAAGCCAGGGGCAAAUCAGGUCCGCUCUUCAGCUUUGACGUCCAUGAUGAUAUUCGUCUGGUCAAUGAUGCCACUGUAGAGAAAGAUGAGUCUCACGCGGGGAAAGUAGUGCUGAGGAGCUGGUACGAGAAAAACAAGCACAUCUUCCCCGCUAGUCGCUGGGAACCAUACGACCCUGAGAAGAAAUGGGACAAAUACACGAUCCGGUAAAGCUGCAGUGAACUCCUGUAAUAUAGCAUAUCUCCCCUGCACCUUUCUACAACUAAAUUCUCUGACCUUAUUGUGACGCUUAUUCCCCUGAAUGUACAUGUAAAUAUUACUGAAUAAAUGGAACGUGUGACAACACGUGUGUUACCUCCCUUA